ACCCCGUAUCGGAAACGUGGCAGCGGACGGGAGCGCCGUUGGCACUUCUCGCAAGUAACGAGUAUACCCUGUGUACCCCGGCGUACUGCCGCCGUAUGGAGCGAUCGGUGCUGAGCGAGUGACACACGGGAGAACUCUUCGCGCGUUCCGAGACAGCCGUGCGACAAUAAUUAAUCCGGUCGUCGAACGUCUGUACGAAGAAAAAUAAUGAAGUGGUGCAUCUUAUUCGCAGCAUUUGCUGCGUUAUGCGUAGCUGUGUACGCAGAGGAAGAAGAAGAAGCUGCUAGAUUAUUAGUCUCUAAACAGAUACUUAAUAAAUACCUGGUAGAAAAUAUGGACAUAGUUAUUAAGUAUACUAUUUACAAUACUGGCAAUGUGGCGGCAUUAGAAGUUGAGAUCACAGAUAAUUCAUUCCACCCGGAUCACUUCACUCAUGUGAGUGGCGAGUUGAAUGCUAGAAUCGACCGCGUGCCACCCUACACCAACGUAAGCCAUACUGUGGUCGUGAGGCCGCGCAAAUUUGGAUAUUUCAACUUUACUUCAGCCGAAGUUCUCUAUCGCCGCAAGGAGGAUGCUCCCCGAUUACAAGUAGCUGUUAGCAGUGAGCCUGGUGAAGGGCUUAUUGUGGCAUACAGGGACUAUGAUAAACAGUUUUCGUCUCAUGUGGUCGAUUGGGCCGCGUUCGCGGUGAUGACUUUACCUUCCCUGCUCAUUCCAUUCGCCUUAUGGUACUCCAGUAAAUGUAAAUACGAGAAAUUGUUGAAGAACACGAAAAAGCACUGAUUGUAUAUUGUAUGUUAGAGUCGUUUUCAGGAAUUUCUAGGUCACUUUAUAAAUUUUCCUAUAUCAUUGUAAGAAACACGACUGUUCUACUAUGUAUAUCUACUUUUGUAAUAAACGUGAUGCUAUUUAUGAAAA